GUCGGGCUCCUGCUGGCGGGCCGGGAGGGGUGGCCGGAUGCCGGCUCCGAUACACGGCGGCUCCACUCGCCACCUAGGGCACCGGGAGCGCUCGGACUGGCAAAUAUCUUUUAAAACGGGAGCCCGGGAGGGCGGCGAAUCCAACCGGAGAGAUAACAGAAUCGGGCGCCGUGCGAAGCCACCUUUCCUCCCCGUCUUCGCGAAGUGGGGUUUGACGCCGGAGAGACGGGAGGAGCGCUGAGUCUUCAGUGAGAGGAGAGGAGGAGGAGAGAGGAGAGGCAGCCGGCAACAUCACCUGGAGCCGCCGAGAUACCAGUCGCCUUGUGCCGGGUCGCCCCAGGGGAAGGGGGGGGGAACCGGCUUGGCAGAGAUGUGGCCGAAACCGGGCACGGAUGUGAUCAAAAAAGCGGCGGGAGCUCGCAGCCAAUGUCCCGUGGUGCCCGCCAGCGGCCGCCUCCCCUCCUGCUAACCCAUCCACUCCCGGGGCAGCCGUGCCUGGAUGCGCCUCGUCCAAGUCGGGCAGCCCGCUCCACUUCAGCAGCGCUCCGGGGACCGGCAGCAUGAACCGGCCCACCUGCCCACGGUGGCUCCUCGCCGCCAAGUGUUGCUGGCUCUUGGCCGCCGUGCACAGAGGCCAUGGGCAGGAACAUGCCCACUCCAUCCGGCUGGAGGGAGAACUCAUCCUGGGGGGACUCUUCCCCGUCCACUCCCGGGGCGCGGCCGGGGCGGCUUGCGGCGAGAUCAAGAAGGAGAAGGGCAUUCACAGGAUGGAAGCUAUGCUCCACGCGGUGGACCAACUCAACCGCGACCCGGACAUCCUGGUCAACAUCACGCUGGGUGUCCGCAUCCUCGACACUUGCUCCAGGGACACUUACGCCCUGGAACAGUCCCUGACUUUCGUCCAAGCCCUGAUUGAGAAGGACGCCACGGACGUGAGGUGCGCUAGCGGGGAGCCCCCCAUCAUCGCCAAACCGGACAAGAUCGUGGGAGUUAUAGGCGCCUCUGCGAGCUCCGUCUCCAUCAUGGUCGCCAACAUACUCAGACUUUUCAAGAUCCCGCAGAUCAGCUACGCUUCGACGGCCCCGGAGCUGAGUGACAACACCCGGUAUGACUUCUUCUCCCGAGUGGUCCCUCCCGACUCGUACCAGGUGCAGGCGAUGGUGGAUAUUGUCACCGCCCUGGGAUGGAACUACGUCUCCACUCUGGCCUCCGAGGGAAACUACGGGGAAAGCGGCGUGGAGGCAUUCAUGCACAUCUCCAGGGAAACUGGUACUGUUUGUAUUGCCCAGUCGCUGAAAAUCCCUCGCGAGCCGAGACAGGGAGAAUUUGACAAGAUUAUAAAACGCUUGCUGGAAACGCCUAACGCUCGUGGGAUCAUUAUAUUCGCAAAUGAAGAUGAUAUCAGCCGUCUACUGGAAGCCACCAGAAGAUCUAAUCAGACGAAGCACUUCCUCUGGGUCGGCUCAGACAGCUGGGGUUCAAAGGUCGCCCCGGUUCACCUUCAUGAAGAGGUCGCUGAAGGGGCCGUGACCAUCCUGCCCAAGAGAGCCUCGAUUGAAGGCUUCGACAGGUACUUCAGAAGCCGCACGUUGGAGAACAACAGGAGAAAUGUCUGGUUUGCUGAGUUCUGGGAGGAGAACUUCAAUUGCAAACUGAGCUGGCACGGGAAGCGGAACAGCAAGAUCAAGAAAUGCACAGGACUGGAAAGAAUUGGAAGGGACUCGUCGUAUGAACAGGAGGGGAAAGUGCAGUUUGUCAUUGACGCAGUGUAUUCCAUGGCACAUGCCCUGCACAACAUGCACAAGGAACUGUGUCCUGGUUACGUUGGCCUCUGCCCAUCGAUGAACUCCAUAGAUGGCAGGGAAUUGCUUCAGUUCAUCCGAGCUAUAAACUUCAAUGGAAGUGCCGGUACUCCUGUGAUGUUUAAUAAAAACGGAGAUGCUCCUGGGAGAUAUGACAUCUACCAGUAUCAGAUCACCAACACGUCCUCCCAUGGGUAUCGGGUUAUUGGACAGUGGACUGACAAUCUUCAUCUCAACGUGAAGGACAUGCACUGGGGCGGAGUAGACCCCACCAUCCCGCAGUCGGUCUGCAGCCUGCCCUGCAAGGCUGGCGAGAGGAAGAAGACGGUGAAAGGGGUGCCCUGCUGUUGGCACUGCGAGCGCUGCGAAGGCUACCACUACCUGGUGGACGAGUCGACCUGCCAAAUGUGCCCGUUCAACCGCAAGCCCAACGCCAACGGCACCGACUGCGAGCUCAUCCCCAUCAUCAAGCUGGAGUGGCACUCCCCGUGGGCCAUCGUGCCCGUCUUCAUCGCCAUGCUUGGCAUCAUCGCCACCACCUUUGUCAUCACCACCUUCAUCCGCUACAACGAGACCCCCAUAGUCAGGGCGUCUGGCCGGGAGCUGAGUUAUGUCUUGCUGACUGGAAUAUUCUUGUGCUACGCCGUCACCUUCCUAAUGAUUGCCACCCCCGAUAUCGUUCUCUGUUCCUUCCGUCGGAUCUUCCUGGGGCUGGGCAUGUGUAUUAGUUAUGCCGCGCUGCUCACCAAGACUAACAGAAUUCACCGAAUCUUUGAGCAGGGUAAGGCUUCGGUCUCAGCACCCAGGUUCAUCAGCCCGGCCUCCCAGCUGGUGAUCACCUUUAGCCUCAUUUCCCUGCAGCUUCUGGGAGUCUUCAUCUGGUUCGCCGUGGACCCUCCCCACACCAUCGUGGACUACGGUGAGCAGCGGACUGUGGACCCGGAGAAGGCCAGGGGCGUCCUCAAGUGUGACAUUUCUGACCUCUCUCUCAUCUGCUCCCUGGGGUACAGCAUUCUGCUGAUGGUCACAUGCACUGUGUACGCAAUUAAAACCAGAGGCGUUCCAGAGACCUUCAACGAAGCCAAACCCAUCGGUUUCACCAUGUACACCACCUGCAUUAUAUGGUUAGCUUUUAUUCCAAUAUUUUUUGGCACAGCCCAGUCCGCAGAAAAGAUGUACAUUCAGACGACCACCCUCACCAUAUCCAUGAGUCUAAGUGCUUCUGUAUCCCUGGGCAUGCUGUACAUGCCUAAGGUUUACAUUAUCAUCCUUCAUCCAGAGCAGAACAUGCAAAAACGCAAGCGUAGCUUCAAGGCGGUGGUGACAGCAGCCACGAUGACUACCAAAUUGUCGCAGAAAGCAAGUGAAAGGCCAAAUGGAGAGGUCAAAACAGAACUCUGUGAAAGCCUAGAAACAAACACCUCCUCCACCAAGACCACCUACAUCAGCUACAGCAACCAUGCAAACUGACCGGAUCUGGUGCACAGCUUGAAGUAGUCCAACGGGGACUGCAUGCGUGAAGCCCACCUUCGCGUCCCAUCAUUUGGAAAGCGCUCUGGGGAGGAAGGACGGCCUGCGGUGGUGGUGGUGAUGGGGGGCCACAGGGGAGAGAAGCCCCCUCCCCCCGGGCUCGGCAAGUGCGAGAUUGCCCCCCUCCCUCCCCUUUGUGUAUUCCGAGACACGGCAUCCCAGUGACGAGGAAGACACACAAGGGCCCUGGGACUUGUGCGCGGGCCCUGGGCCAGAGGGAAACCCAUGCCUGAUGUUCUAAUUGUAAGUUUAGUGACUGUGCAUCUAUCCUUUCGGUUCUGUGGUCUAUCUACCCUUGUUGCACCCUAGUUUUCGAGAGGCUCCUGUGCCCUGAGCCAUUGCAAUAAACAGGGCGUUCUAUGUGGAUCACAGCAUAGCGUGGCGUACAAUAAAUGCAAGGGUUGAAGAAGCAUGUCGACGUUUUAUAUGACUGAUUUAUUUGUAAUAAAGGAAUGUUUUUUUUUUUUGCAAAAUCCAGUAUGUACAUUCUGUUUUGCGGGUUCCAGCGUGAUUUAUUUAUUUUUUUGUUUUUGUGCCGUGUGUGACUCUUUUACAAAAGCGACGGGGGUCAAAUGCCCACCACGUUCUCGUGUUUCCAUGAGCUCACCAUACAGGGCGACUGCACCCUGUCCAGGGGCUCGCACAGUGGGCGUGAAGCUCGGCAGCGGCCGUUCGGCACAUCAAGGCUGUUCUAGCCCCCACACCCUACCACUCCCCACCACAAACACACAAUCAGACAAUGGCAGACCCAUGGUUUGUAAGAUCGCAGGUCGGUAUUAUUGCACCCUCCCCGUGUUCUGUACGCCUACAGAAAGAUAUGCAAUGGGGGUGCGGGUGUUAGUUGAGAGUCGCAAGGGUCUUGGAGAAAACAGAUGCACACAGCUCUCUGCUUGCCUCGCCCAUACAUUACAUGCAAGCAAAGAAUUUCACUGCCUAGUUACACGUGACAAAGUAUUCCAAUUCCACAUUCCCCCUCCCGCCUCUCUCUUGGCCCUUUGCAUUUAACUCAGGACAGCUGGGGAACACCUUUCGUGCAUUUAGAUAGCGCCUACCUACCCUGUAGGAACUCUUUCCCUGGGGGACACAAGUUCCACAGAUACAACGACGACAUUAAUGCAGUGAAUAGAUCAGCGGGAUGCAUAGAACAGUACGGUACAGGAACAGGCCCACAAAGUCUGUGCCGAAUAUCAAUGCCUAGGUAAACUAAUCUCAUAAGGUUGCACGCGA